CUGUACAGUGCGCCUUGGGUGCCAGUAUGGCCACGAGGCGGGUUUUCGAAAGUGGCGUAUACGCUAACGAUGUUGUCCCGGAUGAGUGCUCCGCCCACGCCAACAGCUGCCGCUGCUGCUGCGAAACCUCGCGAGGAUUUUGAAACUCUGCCGUACCAGCCCGUGCUGCUUUCUGUAGGAUAUUUCGGAAGACUGCAGCUGCCCUGAUUGCUUCACGUCGCUUCGGCGAGAGGAGGAGUCGCGCGCCGGCGGCGAUGCUGGACAGCAGCGGCCUGCUGACGCUGCACUACGGGCGGCACGGCGCGGGCGUGCUGGACGAGGUGCGCUCGUGGUGGGACGCGGGCCACGGCGCCGACCUGUCGCUGGUGUGCGACGGCGGGCACGCGCUGCCCGCGCACCGCCUCGUGCUGGCCGCCGCCUCGCCGCUGCUGCGCCGCGCGCUGCGCGACGCGCCGCCGCACUGCCCGGCCGCCGUCUCGCUGCCCGGCGUGCACGCGCGCACCGCCGCCCACCUGCUCACCUUCCUCUACACCGGGGAGGCCUGCGUGCAGGCGGGUGACAUUGCCAGCCUUCAGGAACUAAUUACCUUACUCGAAAUAAAAUCGGACUUCGUCCACGAAGAAAAAAAGGCGGAAGAAGAUGGCGCCAGAAUCGAGGAAGCUGGUUGCUCCUCCGCUACUCGAAGGCGGACGUUGGGCUCGAGUCCGGUCCCUGCGGCCGCACCUGCGGUCGCUGACUCCCCCCAGGGAAGUCCUGACAGCGAUGCGGGGGUAGCCAUAAAGCAGGAGCUGCACUCGGACACGGACGCGGAGGAGGAUGCCAACGCGGAAGACGCCGAUGCCGAGGGAGAUGGCGAGGACUCGGCGGCGCAGGCGGGCAGCGGCGGGCGCACCGACAGCGAGGACGAGAGUCGCGAGGGGUACGGCGUAGGCGGGGGCGGCGCGACGCCGACACCCCCAGCGGGCGGCAUCCCGCAGCGGCGCCGCAGCUCGCUCAACCCCGUCAACCUGUCUCUGGCCGACGCCGAGCGUGCACAUUCGCGCAGCCCACUGCGCAACUCCAGGUCCUCCGAGUCGGCACCAGACGCGGACAGGGACAUCGGCGAGGGCGAAGGCGAGGGCGACAGCCAUGGGGCUGACGAAGCGAACAGCAGGGACGGCGUGCCAGAGAUGCCGUGCAAGAGACGCCCUAGCAGCGCCCCAGCCCAGCCACAGGAGAACUCCCGAGACAGAUUGAAUGAAAGUGAGAUACGUCAGCAGACAGUCCAACACACAAUCCUGCACCACCACCACCAACAUCACCACCACCAACAGCCGCAACACCAUCAGGACUACAAGAGGCAGCUGCUGGUGGCGGCGCAGCGUGUCAAACGGAAACAGAUGUUUGGAGACGUGUAUAGUGACCCGGAUGUGGAUGUCAGGGUGGCAGCCGACGAUGAUGCACCACUCAUCCGCACAUCGCCUGAGAACUAUGUGGUGACCCCUCACCGCAAGCGCCGGCCAGGUUUUCACAACUCGCCAGCGCAGAACCCGCCCUUCGUGCCGCUGUGCCCAUCCUACCUGGAUGACGUGCCACACCACAGGCACCUGCACAGCAGCCCCAGCCCACGCCUGCUGCCGGCACCCCCACCCCCACCGCCACCAUAUUUACCUGCUCCACCCCCGACGGCUGUCGCUGCUCCCGAUCGCUCAUCUCCAGGGCCUGAUGACAAGUAUCACCACCACCAGCAGCAACAUCACCACCACCACCACCAGCAGCGGCACCAUCACCACCAUCACCACACCCACCAGCAGGCAGCACCACCACCACAGCCGCCUCCACCCCCUGGUGGAGGGCAGCAGCCACUGGAUCUGGUGCCACGUGGGGAGGUCCCGCACUGGAGCUCGUGGUCUCUGGUAGCCGCAGGUGCGGGCACCGCGGCAACAGCAGCAGUAGACGAUGGGAGUGGCACACCUGGAGGUGGCACCGCAGGUUUUGUGUCUGCGCUGGCGGCAGCAGCAGCUCGCUCUGCUGGAGGUGGCUGUGGUACUGGUGCUGGCACUGGGGCUACAGCAGACAGUGAGUCAGGCACCACGGCAUCUGCCGCAGCAGCCGAUGUCAAGCCUGUGGUUGCAUCCAACAACAAAGUGGUUGCUGUGCGUGAGUACCGCUGCCAGUACUGUGGCAAGCAGUUUGGUAUGAGCUGGAACCUAAAGACGCAUUUGCGAGUGCACACUGGAGAGAAGCCGUUCGCUUGUCGUCUGUGUGUUGCUAUGUUCAAGCAGAAGGCUCACCUCCUCAAGCAUUUGUGUUCUGUGCAUAGGAAUGUCAUCAACGAAGGUGGUGAAGGCCGCUUCAGCUGCUGUUUCUGCCAGAUGUCAUUUGAAACACUACAAGAGCUCAUACGACACUUGUCAGGACCGCACAAUAAUUUGCUGUUGAGCAAAAACCUCCAUGGAUAGGAUGUGUCGCAUCCUGUGCUCCACUAGUCACCAUUUGUGGUGGGCUACUGCUUCUUAUGUUCAGAGUGAUAUGAUACAGGGUAAAUUAAUAAGCAGGGAGCAAAUUCCAACUGUUUUCAUACUGUGAAUACCUGUGAAUGUACCACAUUGCUCUGAAAAUUACUGCUUUCACAGUUGAAGCUGCAGUUUUGUAAACACGUUUUUGUCACUUAGAUUACUUUCUGGUGAGUUUAUAAGAGGGAACCUGAGAAUUAAGGGAAAACAAACUGAAAAAAAUAGUAAACAGGGACAAUGGUUCUUAUAAUCAUUUAUUUAAAAAUAUUGAUGCCUGUCUCGAAGGCAACUGCUAAU